AGAACCAGUCUUAUUGUGCUUAAUAUUCAACGUGCUUCCGGUGGAAAUUCUGUAGAAAGAAAAUAAAGAUGUCCAAAACACCAAAAGUUGUUCAAGAAGGAGACCAUAUCAUUUUACGUAAAUCCGACAAUUUAAGGCUGUUUCAAGUUCAUAAAAAUAGAGAUGUAUGGUUGGAAAAGAGCAAGUUUAAGCUAGAUGGCAUUAUUGGUCAUCCGUAUGGAACAUUGUUUGAAGUGAAGGAUGGUGAAAUGGUUAAAAUGGAGAGAACUGUAGAGCAAGAUGCAGACAUCACUGCAGAAGGGAAAGACAAUAGACAUCUGCUUGACAAAGACAGCAACCAGAAACUGAAACAGGAAGAAAUAGAACAGAUGAAGAAAGAGGGUGUAUCUCGUGAUCAUCUGAUAGAGCAGUUGAUAGAGAACAGUGCAACAUUCCAUGGUAAAACAGGUUAUGCACAGGAAAAAUGGGUCAAAAAGAAGAAAAAGAAACAUCUACUGCAGUUUACUGUUUUAAAGCCGACAACAAGACUGCUGUGUGAGAUGCACUGGUCUAAGGGCCCUUCCAGAAUAUGUAACCUACGGAUCGACACUCUAGCUCAGAUCUUGACAAUGGGAAACAUACAUGCCAACAGUACAGUCAUGGUGGUAGAGUCAUGUUUAGGUCUCGUAACAGGAGCGGUACUGGAAAGAUUGGGAGGAUUUGGUAAGGUGAUCAGCUUUUACCACGGAGAUACUCCAGUGAAACACCACUUGGAUAAUUAUGAUUUCUCUGCUGAAAUUAUGGGCACUUUGUAUAAUUAUCCCUUGGAGCUUGUAAAUUCACUAAAACAUACUAAACCAGACCAACAAAGUAAUGACCAUGCACCUUCUACAGCAGAAUCAUGUGACCAGUCUGAAAGUAUACAGACUGGAGACAAAACUGUACCUCAGUCUUAUAGCAAUAAUGACUCAGCAAAUUCUGGCGAACAAACUAAUUCAUCACAGACUGGUUCUAUAGAAACUUUAUCCAGGGAAGAGACUGUACCUGAUAAAAUAGAGCCUUUUGGGAACCAGUCUCAAAUUCAGACUGUUUCUGAGAUAGACAGUGAAAUUGCAGAGGCUUGGAACAAGGGUUCAAAAGGAAGUAGAUGGGCAAAGAAAAAGAACAAACCACAGAAAAACAGAGCUGAGGCAAAGUUAAACAGAGCCAAAGAGAUUGAAGAAGCUAGAAAGAUAAUCUUAGAAAAGAAUGUUGAUUGUUUGAUAGUGGCAAGCAAGUUUUACCCAACUGACAUAUUACUGGCACUUAUAGAUUAUGUAGCACCUUCCCGACAGGUUGUGGUGUUCUCACAGUUCAAAGAGGCAUUAGAAGACUGCUAUGCUCAUCUCAGGGAACACAAGGGUUUAGUGAGCUACAGACUUACAGAGACAUGGCUUAGAGAAUACCAGGUGUUACCAAACAGAACUCACCCAGUCAUACAGAUGAGUGGUACAGGGGGAUACCUAGUGACAGCAACAACUGUUAUCAAAGAAGACACCUGAUUAACUGUCAAGAAUGAUAAUAAUAAACUAGCUUUGAGCA